AUGUUGCGGCCGCAGCUGUUCCGUGCGGCCGCCCGGUCUUUCCGGGUGCCUCGAGCCCGACCUUUCGCCACGACUCCUCCUCGCGCAGCAGAGGUAGAACUUACCAUUGAUGGCAAGAAGGUGUCCGUAGAAGAUACUGCUAUCAUGAGCCGCAUGUGUCUCGUCGAAGUUGAGCGAGCUCCAAAGCCCGUGGCAUCGUGUGCGUGGCCAGUCCAGCCUGGAAUGGUCGUGAAGACCAAUUCACCUUUGGUGCACAAGGCUCGCGAAGGUGUCACGGAAUUCCUUCUCGCCAAUCACCCGCUGGACUGCCCUAUCUGUGACCAAGGAGGAGAGUGUGAUCUUCAGGAUCAAUCCAUGCGGUAUGGUGCUGACCGAGGUCGCUUCCACGAAAUCAGCGGCAAACGUGCGGUGGAAGAUAAAAAUAUUGGUCCUCUCGUAAAAACCUCCAUGAACCGUUGUAUUCAAUGCACUCGUUGCGUCCGAUUCAUGAAUGAUGUGGCAGGUGCACCAGAGCUCGGAACCUCCGGCCGCGGAAACGACAUGCAAAUUGGCACUUAUCUGGAACAGAGUCUCGACUCCGAGUUGUCAGGCAACAUAAUCGAUCUUUGCCCUGUCGGUGCUUUGACAUCUAAGCCCUAUGCAUUCCGCGCCCGUCCUUGGGAGCUCAAGCACACCGAGUCUAUUGAUGUGCUAGAUGCUUUAGGCUCUAACAUUCGAAUCGAUAGCCGAGGAUUAGAAGUUAUGCGAGUCAUUCCGAGGUUGAAUGACGACAUUAAUGAAGAGUGGAUCAAUGACAAGUCGCGAUUUGCAUGCGAUGGACUGAAGACUCAGCGUCUCACCACUCCCUUGAUUCGCCGGGAAGGCAAGUUUGUUCCCGCUACCUGGGAGCAGGCUUUGCUGGAAAUCUCGUCCGCAAAAGAGAAACUCCAGCUUAAGGCCAAUGAAUUCAAGGCUGUUGCCGGCCAUCUGACGGAUGCAGAGUCGCUCGUAGCCAUGAAAGACAUGGCCAACAAGCUAGGAUCCGAUAACCUUGCCCUUGAUCAGCCUGGUGGAAGUGCCCCAAUUGCACACGGUGUCGAUAUUCGUUCGAACUACUUGUUCAAUUCCAAGAUUUAUGGUAUUGAGGAAGCAGAUGCGAUCCUUCUGGUGGCUACCAAUCCCCGUCACGAGGCGGCUGUUCUCAACGCCCGCAUCCGCAAGCAGUAUUUGCGCUCCGAUCUGGAGAUUGGUCUUGUUGGUGAAGAUUUCGACAGCACUUUUGACUAUGAGCACCUGGGCUCUGAUUUGUCUGCCUUGAAAACUGCUUUGAGCGGAGAGUUCGGCAAGAAGCUUGGUUCAGCCCGGCGACCUAUGAUUGUCGUUGGUAGCGCUGCGGCUGAGCAUCCUGAUGCUAAGGCUAUAUUCGAAGCUGUGGGUAGCUUUGUUGAAAAGCAUGCCGGCAACUUCAAUACACCGGAGUGGCAAGGCUACAACGUCCUUCAACGUGCCGCUUCCCGUGCUGCAGCCUACGAAGUAGGCUUUACUGCCCCUCCCCCCGAUGUGGCACAGACAACCCCCAAGAUGGUUUGGCUUUUGGGUGCCGAUGAGAUCUCCCAAAGCGAAAUCCCUAAGGAUGCAUUUGUCAUUUACCAAGGUCACCACGGCGAUCGAGGCGCCCAGCUUGCCGAUGUCGUCCUUCCUGGUGCAGCCUUCACUGAAAAGGCUGUGACGUACAUUAACACCGAGGGACGUGUCCAGGUUACGCGCGCAGCAACCUCCCUACCAGGUGCUGCUCGUGAUGACUGGAAGAUCAUUCGUGCCACUAGCGAGUUCUUGGGUGUGCCCCUUCCGUACGAUGAUGUUGAGGCCUUACGUGACCGCAUGGAGGAGAUCAGUCCAGUGAUGCGCCGCUAUGAUGUUGUUGAGCCCACAUCUGUCAGCGCUCUGAGCAGGGUGCAGCUGGCCGACCAAAACAAGGGCUCCGCCUCCACCGGGGCUCCUUUCAAGAAGGUUAUUGAAGAUUUCUUCUUCACAGACGUUAUCUCUAGAAGUUCGCCGACUAUGGCCCGCUGUUCGGCUGCGAAGGCCACAGGAAAUCCUGAGACUAAUUUCAUGGCCGCCGGCGAGAUGUCUCCCCAGGCUUUGUACGGCUAA